AUGCAAGGAACUGAUUAUUGCUACGCUGGUGUCAUCAUUUACUCUUGCGAUGGGAAAUCUAAGUGGCAAACCGCCAACGGCACCCGUUGUAAGAGUGGAUAUCUUGUCAUUAUGGAUACCUCAACCAAGAAAGUGAAGAAAUAUCAAGGAAAAAGCCCAGGGCUUGUACAUGGUGCAGUUUACAGAAGCGCUUUUGGCGAAGAAUGCACAGAAAGGGAAGUCAACGCCGAAGGCUUCUCUGUGAUGAACGGAGAAUUCAAGAUAAAUUCGGGAGUGUUCAAUCCGGCACAAGAUGGCUACCACGACAAUAAAAGAUACAUGCAUAAACUUUCGGCACGAUACAUCAAGAAGGUCAUUGAUAAGUGGAUGGAAGCGGCUGAUAACUUCUAUGGAAGCAGAAAUUUUAAGAUCAAGGACUUGCAGUAG